GGAGAAGAAGUGUCUCUCUCUCAAGAGGAUGGGGAAAGACACGUGUGAAUUUAUUAAGAAUUUUUUGGUUAGUUGUAGAUUUAUUUCGAAAAGUGUAAAUACAUAAUGAAUUAAAGUUAGUAAGUGAAGUUUAAGGAAUUUUAUGCACGUGACUUUUCGGAAUUUUAUGUAAAUUGACUUUGUGGUGCUAAUAAAGAAAAGAAUUAACUAAAAUCCGACCUUAAGUGGCUUAAACUUGUUAAUAAAUAAUAGUUAAUUUAUUAUUCGAGCAUCAAAAAAUUUACCAUGCAGUGAUAAAUAUAUAAAUACAUGCAUGCAUACGCGUAAAUUAAGUUAAAUUGUUCCCUAAUUAUUUUGCUACACGUGGAAAAAAGAUGUUGAGAAUUCAGUUAAAAAUGAAAUUUCCACCUGCACGAAAACUGGACCAGGAUAUAUUUAACUAAAUGUUACGGAUUCUUCUCUGAUACGGUGCUAACCGCUCUAAAAAGUGAUGAAUUACUUGAAGUAGCGAAGAAAUUGAUGGAUGGAUGACGGAGCUAUUUAUUUAUUUACAUAUUUGCCAAAAAGUGGAACAAAUCGAUGAAAAACUGCAACAAUAAUUCAACCCUGGACAGACAUUUACUCGGAAAAUGGUAGUUCGUUGUGGUCGAAAUGGAUGGGAAGUAUAGCGUUUGGAUCAACUUUUUAAUACCAGAGAGGAACUGAGAAUGGUGCGAGGAGUGUGAUACGUACUGGAAAUCAAUCAAAAAGUGGUACUAACAAAGUUUACGGAGAGCUGAGGGGAAUUUUAGUGGGGAGAGAGAAAUGUCGUUAAGUAUUGUGAACAAUUUGCACGGGAGGGGCGGCGGUGGCGGUGGGGGUGGUGGGGGUAGUGCGAGUAAGGGAAUAUGGAUGUCAACCGGGGUCAAGAAGACUGAGCUGGACGGAAAGGUCACCCGAGGUCAGAGCGACCUGGCCUCGUCCCCGCUCAAUUUAUCGAUGCUGUCCGACUGGGCCGGCGAUGUGGUGAAUGUCGAAGAGUUGACGGUGUUCGGAAGACCCUGGCAGUACCGUGGGGAGGGCAACGCCAAUAUUGUGAUCGCCUUGCAGGACGAUUUGCAUGUGCUGCGUCUCUCGAAGGUGAAAGUGGGCGGAGAUGGUGGCGACGAGGAGGAGGAGGGCUCCGUGGCGUUGCUGCACUCCCAACGACGCCGCGUUGAGAGGGAGGUGGCCUUCGCCAACUCCGUCUUCAUCCCGCUCCUCGGCGUCGAGUACGUCGGUCACGUCCAGGCCGUCCAUUUGACCCCCAAAACGAUACAGAAACUGAACACGGCAUUGCUCAAAUUGCGCCCAGUUUAUCGUCUGCAUAAAGAGUUGCGGAUCCCGUUUGCGACUGCGCACCGUGAUUUUGCCCGUAUCCACCCCUACCCGUCGACCAGGACGGAUUACUGUGUCGAAAUAAAACCGAAACAAGGCUGGUGGCCGAAACACUUGAAGCAUGCCAAACUCUGCACCUAUUGUCUCAACCAGUUCCUCAAGCUGGAACGGUCGAAAAUUGCGAGUCGUACGGCGUACUGUCCACUCGAUUUGUUUUCGGGGAAUCCGGACCGAAUGAUACGUGCAAUUUUCGCCUUAAUUUCCAACCCACAAAAUAAUCUAAGACUUUUUCGCGACGGACUUUUAGUCUACGGAGAAAACGUGGUUGGAGGCGAAACCCUGCAUGAAGUCUUGUCCGAGUGGAUCCUUCAAGACAAAGAAAAAUCACCUUAUCUGCCCAUUGACAAUGAUAAUAGCCUGCUCCUCUCGAACUUCGUCUUUCUCCUCUGCACCGCCCUCCUCAAACCGAAACGGACCACCCCAUUUUCCUCCGUGAGUCGCGAAUUCGACCGGAUGAAGACCAAUCUCGCCAAAGCGCUGGAAGAAACCACCCUCCUCCCGCCCCCCUCGUGCCCCUCGGCCUGCGAGGAGAACGACGUCCCCCCUCCACUCCUCCCGGAAGGCUGCAUUCUCUCCAGAAUCCUGGACAUCCAGCGGAUGGCGGACGUCGAAGGGGGCGUCGAAGCCGUGUACGCGCUGCACUCGCGCGUCUGCCCGGUCCACUCGGACCAAGAUGACGACGCGACCACGGGGUCGCCAUGUGACCAGCACGUGAUCGAGAAUUUGGGCGAUAUUGAGAAGAAGAAGAAGAAGAAAAAGGGGGAGGAGCUUGGAGCUUCGUCCUCCUCGUCGUCCGAGAAUGACGACGUGUUCUUCGAAAUGGACGUGCAUUCUAAUUCGUCCUCCUCGUUGGACAGGUCCUCCUCCCACCGGAAGAAGAAGAAGACGAAUGCGCACGAGGACAUGGUCAGUGAAGAGUCGGAAACGUCGGGGCUCGAGUCGCUGUCGCAGGAAGAGGAUGAUGACGACGAGGACGAGGUGGAUGACGAGGUGGAUGACGAGGGGGAGGAAGAUAAGUACGAGGACGCAGAAGAUGAGGAGGUGACGAUGCGGGAGGAGCAAUGUGGUAGUGGACGCGGUCCUUGUCCAGGACCCGGCUGCACGUCCGUGGAAAAGUGGCUGGACGACUUGGACAGGGACAAAGUGCAGCGCAGUUUGAGUGACAAGGAGCUCGCCGACAUAGAAUCGUACCUCGUCGCAGCGACGGCUAAAGACUGCUCCAUCAUGGUCACUUUCUCACCCAUCUUUGGGGACAGGGCCCGUGCGAGGACGUUAUCGGAAGCGGAGGCGGACUCGAUCUCGACCCUUUACUCGCCGACGUCGCCCUCCAUCUCGAACUACGAGGAGAGCGACCUCAUCCUCCAAGACUUGCACGGCACCUUCCACCGCGUCCGCAUCGGCGUCGCGGACCUCGACCCCAAACCCAUCUCCUGCAUCGUCAAGCACUACUUGAGAGACGUCGACAUGCUCGCGGACUUUAGCGCCUACAAGAAAAGGAGGAGGAGGAUGGGGGGAGGGGAGGAAAGCGGGUGAAUUUAAAUUAUGAGUUGGAUUGACCAAAGCGUUAGUUAGUGAAGGUGAUGAAAUGAAAAAUAUGGUGCCCUCCGGCCGGCCAGACGAAUAAAUGAAAAGUAAUAAUUUUUGUGAUACUAAAUAAUACUGGGAACAUUAUUAUGAUUUUAUGUCAAAUAACGGGGAAAAAAAAAAAAAAAUAUUAUAAAAUUGAAAUGAAAUGGAAAAUUUGGAAACGUUUCCUGAAGCUUCAUUUAUAUAUUUACGGCACGUGGUCACCUGCAAAAUCUGCCAGGUACAAUUUUUAUCUCAAAAAUUUUUUAAAAUUCAAAACAAAUUUCAAAUUUUUAACAAGCAUCAUUUAAUUUUCAUGAAAUGCCAUCAUUUGAACGUCUUACACCGACGCCGAAGUACCGCAGAAAUUUGCAUACAAUAAACGCAAGCAUUUAUUAAUUAAUUAAAUAUUUAGAAAAAUUGCAAUAUUACUGUAUCAUUUGUACUUCUAUGAUUUUUGUCCAUUUUUCCGGAUUUUUUGAAAGUGUUAUUAAAGCAUUUUUCUGCAGGUAUUUUUUUACCAGCAGAAUCAUUGGUACAUAAAUAAUA